AAACCAGUCCGCCCGUGACGUAACCGGAUGUCCUCUCGGUUAAGGGGCGCAGUGCAUGCUGGGGCGGAGAGCAGGUCGGCCAUUAUUAGCUUACCUUGCUGCUGAAGGAGAUAUAAGUCAUGAAGGGGGUUCGGGGUCUCAGCCAUUUUUCUAAACGGCUGUUUGCAGCCCAGGCUUCUGCUAAGCGUGACGCCUCCGAGCGACUAACCCUACAUCCCCAAGAGGUCCAGGUGUCCAAGCUGCCCAAUGGCCUUGUGAUCGCCUCCCUAGAGAAUUACUCUCCUGCCUCCAAGAUCGGCGUGUUUGUGAAGGCGGGCAGCCGCUACGAGGGCGAUGGUCACCUGGGUGUCACCCACCUGCUCCGCCUGGCUGCCAGUCUGACCACCAAAGGGGCGUCGGCAUUCCGUAUCUGCCGGGGCAUCGAGGCUGUCGGGGGCAGCUUGAGCGUCACAUCAUCCCGGGAGAACAUGGUCUACACUGUGGACUGCCUGCGAGAUCACGUCGACACCGUCAUGGAGUACCUGAUCAAUGUGACCACGGCCCCGGAAUUCCGUCCCUGGGAGGUGUCCGAACUCGCCGAGCGGGUGAAAGUUGACAAGGCCUUGGCUGGCCAGAGUCCCCAGAUUGGCGUCAUUGAGAAGCUUCACGCGGUCGCCUAUAAGAACGGUCUGUCCAAUUCCCUGUACUGCCCCGACUACCAGAUGGGCCGCAUCAGCUCCGAGCAGCUGCACUCCUUCAUCCAGAGCAAUUUCACCAGUGCCAGAAUGGCCCUGGUCGGCUUAGGGGUGGAGCACACCAUGCUCAAGCAGGUGGGGGAGCAGUUCCUCAACGUGCGAAGUGGAGCUGGGACUUCGAGCGCCAAGGCCCAGUACAAGGGAGGUGAGCACCGGGAGCAGAACGGCGACGGCCUCGUUCACGCCGCCGUGGUGAGCGAGGGGGCGACCAUCGGCACGGCGGAGGCCGACGCAUUCAGCGUGUUACAGCGGGUGCUAGGGGUGGGGCCUCACGUCAAAAGGGGCUCCAAUGCCACCAGCAAGCUGAGCCAGGGCAUCUCCAAGGCAACCACGCAGCCCUUCGACGCUUCAGCUUUCAAUGCCAGCUACACAGACUCUGGGCUGUUCGGGAUUUACACCAUCUCCCAGUAUGGCGCAGCUGGUGAUGUGAUCCAGGCCGCCCUCGCCCAGGUUAAGGCCGUGGCCGGGGGCGGGCUGACUGCCGCUGACCUCGCCAGGGCUAAGAACCAGGUAAAGGCAGACUACCUGAUGUCUCUGGAAUCAUCAGAUGGUCUCCUGGAGGAGAUGGGGCUGCAGGGCCUCGUGGGUGGGGCCUACAACCCUCCUGAGGCAGUACUGCAGAAGAUCGAUUCCAUCACCUCGGACGCAGUGGCCAACGCUGCAAAGAAGUUUGUGACUGGCAAGAAAUCGAUGGCCUGCAGUGGACAGUUGGUGAACACGCCGUUUUUGGAUGAACUGUGACGAUGAACUCCUGCUUCAUGACUUCCCGAAAUAACUCGACUCCACAGAAAUUAACGUUUUCAUCCUCAGUCCAGAGUGUUUGUUCUGUGACGUGUCAGAGCGCUGUAUAUCUGGUGUAUAUUCAUUAAAAUAUCAUGACUAUA